GGGAAAUCGACCCGAGUCUGAGCUCCGGUACCGGUACCGGUACCGGUAGCUAGUCUAGAAAAUAACAGCAACAGCAGUGAGGAACAGCCAAAAAUUCAACAGGACCAAGAUGAGCGACGAAGAGAGUGAAACCAUGGUGGCCAGUGCCACGGGUACUGCGCCGGAAGAAGACGAUAUGACCAAUGAUGCUGUCGACGAUGACACCAACGUGGACGACGACGAUGACGAGGAGGAAGAAGAAGACGACGACGAAGAAGAAGUCUCCAAGGCACCUUCGGAAGACGAUGCCAAAUCGUUGGAAGCCACCGACGACAUGAGAGAGGCGGCCUUGGACAGUGCACCGGAUGCGGCUGAAACGAAUACGACAGCAAAAGAAACCACAGCAACAUCUCCCGAACCCAAACCCACGCCACCACCGCAAAAGAAAUCCAAAAAGCGCAAGGGCAUGCCGGCAGGUCUCGGUGGCUCUCGCAAAGGACGGGCACCCGCCGUAUCCGGAUUGACCAUUCCCUUUCGGACCGUCAAAAAGGCCAUGAAGUUGGAUCCCGAUAUCCCGAUUGUGCAAAAUGAAGCCGCCAUCAUGACCACCCUGGCGAGUGAGCUAUUCCUCAAAGUGCUCGCCAAUGAAAGCUAUACCAAUGCCAAGUCACGGGGAAGAAAUACAAUACGCUAUGAAGAUGUAGCAGAAGCAAGGACCAAAAAGCCGGCGCUCUCCUUCCUGGAAACACUGCUCCCAUGAAGGGUGGGUUGGGUUGAUACACGACAAUAUGUAGCACAAGACACACAGUGUAGUUUCUCCUUGAGGAAAGGACCUUGCUAGCCAGUUAUUGCUAGUCUAAGUUGGUAGCUAGGAUACCUGAUCUCAAAUGGCUGUCAUUGUUAGUCUAGUCCUGCUGCAUGAUGUUUUGCUACCCGUACUAAAGUAGGCCUCGUCAUUCAUUUCUUUUU